AUGGCUUCCUCCAUGAGAAGUUUGCUGUCGGACCACGGCCGUUACGUCAAAUCUUUCCGCCUGUUCCUCGAGAAUUCGACGGAGCAUCAGUGUAUGCUGGAAUUUAUCGAGAAGAAACUGCCUGGCAUAAUAUCAAGUAUUGGCAAUGGAAGAUCUACAAUCAAUAUUCUUAGUGUUGGUGGUGGUGCAGGUGAAAUUGACCUUCAGAUUCUCGCAAAAGUACAGGCUAAAUACCCUGGUGUUAUCAUUCAUAAUGAUGUGAUAGAACCAAGUGUUGAACAAAUCACCAACUACAAAGAACGUGUAGCAAAGACAUCAAACCUAGAGAACAUAAAGUUUACUUGGCACAAGGAGACGUCAUUGGAAUAUGAAAGUCGAAUGAAGGCGAGUGCAGAUAUGAAGAAAUGGGGCUUCAUCCAUAUGAUUCAGAUGCUGUAUUAUGUAAAAGACAUCUCAGCUACUAUUCAUUUUUUUCACACUCUUUUGGAACCUGGGGCCAAACUUCUUAUUAUUCUUGUCUCAGGAACCAGUGGCUGGGCAAGAUUGUGGAAGAAAUAUGGUCCUCGUUUACCUCUUAAUGAUCUUUGCUUAUACGUUUCAUCUACGGAUAUUGAAGAGGUACUUGAUGCCGCUGGACUGAAGUAUCAGUCGUAUGACCUUCCAUCUAAUAUGGACAUAACAGAUUGUUUCACUGAAGGGAACGAAAAGGGGGAGCUGAUGCUUGACUUUUUGACAGAAACUUGUAAUUUCAGUCAAACUGCCCCACUUGACCUAAAAAAGGAACUUAUGGAAGACCUGAAAAAUCUUGAAUGCAGUAAAAAUAUAGGUGGAAGAUAUUUUUUCAAUAACAACCUGAGUGCAAUAGUGGUUGAAUCCUCAAUAUGAGUCAAAUGGAUACUUCGGGGAUAACAAAUGGAAUAGUUUAUUACUGUUCAAUAUUUUAGUAGCAAUGGAAUGUUUUAAAAACUUUAACCUUUUAUUAAUUCUGUGUCUGUGGAUGAAUCAAAGUGUAACGAAAUUAGGAAAUAAUCGUCUGUGGUUGUACAGUAGCUGCUUAACAAUAUUGUUAUGAAUGCAUAUUAAAAUCUGUUAAUAGAUUAAUACAUAAUCUGCUGAGUUGCAUACCAUUAUCUUUGUAUGUAGUCCGCUUCCAUGUGAUGGGAUCAUUAAUCAAAACUCGAAAAAUGAAAAUCACAGGUCUACAUUCCUCUGAUUGAUGGGAAAGGUAUUGUAACGACCUUGAAAGGAUCACCCUUUAUGAUGAAAAUAUAUAAAACAUGAAAGGCAAUUCAAAAUAAUGCCUUUCAGUUGCUUUCAUGGCCAUUAUGCCAAGUAUUACAAAACUUUAAAAAGCAAGUUCUAUUCCCACCUUUUAGUUUUAUUUCAUUUUUGCUUCAGGUCAACUGUUUGCAUGGCAUGGCCAGGAAACUAUUUGCUUGGAAGGAGAAUACAACUUUCCUUACGAGUGGAA